AUGCACUGCAUUCAACUACUGCAAGUUCCAUUAGGUGGCCGCCUCGACAGCAUCCAGCCAUCUUGGACGAGCUUGGUCGCCAACAUCCAAGCUGUCAAUGGUACCACGAAGGUGCUAUGGGCUCCACAACACGAAGACGAAAAUACUCAAGGUCUAGCUAUCACUUGGAAGUCAUAUGAUGCGCAGAAAAAGUGGGCAGCAUCGACAGAAAGCACAGCAUGGAUGAGCAAAAUCAAAUCAAUUGCCGCCGGGCCGCUAUACGAAGACAUUGUCCUUUUUUCGGAGGUCGUCGACGCGGCGCUGGGUGCCAAUGUGGUUGAACUUGUAUCUUGGAUUCACCCAACCAGCCAAAUAAACAAAGAAAAGAUGGACAAGGUGGAGUAUGGCUUCUCACAGGUUCGCAAAUCUAUCAGCAAUCAGGCCCCCGAAGCCGACGGAGAUCUCGUUGCUGGUUGGGGACAAAUCGAAUUCGACCAUGACGGGGUGCCCAGUCGACGCUUUACCGCCUUCAUUGGAUGGAAAAGUGUCAAAGCGCACAAUGACUUUAAGUCCACCCCACUAUUCCCAGAAAAUAUCCACUGGUUGAUGGAGAACAACCACACCGGCGUUGAGGUGGCUCAUUACGCAUUCAGCAAGUCGUCUGAAGAAUGA